GGUGUUUCAGAACUAAGAAAAUAUACUCUCGAUGAACUCAAACUUCAUAAGUCGAAGAAUGAUGCUUGGACUGCAAUAAACGGAAAAAUAUAUAAUAUCACUCCAUAUUUAAAAUUUCAUCCUGGAGGUGAAAAAGAGUUAAUGCGUGCAGCUGGGAAAGAUGGAACAAAACUAUUUA